AUGCUCAGGUGUAACACCCUUUCGGUGCCUAGCUGCCAUUCUACCCGAAGGGAUCACGAGGGCUGGGACACUGCCAGAGGCUUUUGGUGGUCAAACCAACACCAACCAACAACACGCAAUUGUCACGUGCGUGAUACGAGUGCUGCCAAAUCACCAUUGUUGCUCACCCGGUGUGGAACAGCAUUCAGAACCUUUAUCGUAUGGAGAACGUUGUUGUGUCUUUUGUCCCCUGCUCGUGGCGUGAUUGCCAAUUCCUUCUCAGUUGAACCUAUUCGUUCGUUUUGUAGGCAUUAUUUGAACAGUUCUGGAUUCGGAGAUUCUUACUGGGGCGAGAUGGCCCAACAACCUGGCAGUAUCCUAGCCCUUGUGAAACCUUCGGGUUGCAUGGCAGUUAGACACCGAAAGGGUGCUACAGCUGAACGAUUUUUUUACACGUUUAUUUCUGGUACAGCCGACCACCCGCUUCCCAUAAAAAUAUUGCCUUACGGAACCUGA